AUGGUCAUUAGUAGUGCUAGCUUCUCGUCUCCUAAUAUCCAAUCACGCAAUGUUACCCAGGACAACGAUACCCAGGCACAACAGAACACGUAUCCUCUCACCAUCAUCGGGACCGUCUUUGCUGCCCUGAGCCUUUGCCUUGCCUUCAUUACAACGCUUAUUGCAAUCAUCAACUUCAGAGCACGAGUAAGGGAUCGCACGGGAGCCCACGGGCGAGGGGUCAUUGGUGAAUCUCGAAAUCCAAUUAACGACGAAGCUGGCAGAGAAGCUCGCGAUGCCCUCGCACAGCCAUGUCAGCUUGAGAGGAUGGACGAUGCUAGUGGAGUUCUUCUUGAAACUCUUCCACCAGCAGUCGCCCAAGCAGACCCUCCCCUGUCAUCCAUGCCUGCCAAGAGACCUUCUCAUAGUCGGGGUAACAUUAAGUCUCCAGAUCCCGAUUCAGGAGAUUUAGGCCACGAUGUCCCAAGUUCGAGGAUUUAA